AUGGCCUGCCUUUGCACACCUGAGUCUUAUGAAACCAAGAAAGCCCCUGAUGGAUCGGUCAUUCCGAACGGGUAUUGUGAUUUCUGUUUGGGCGGCUCAAAGAAGACAGGCUGCCCUGAAGACCUGAUCUCCUGUGCAGACUGCGGGCGCUCAGGUCACCCCUCGUGCCUGCAGUUCACAGUGAACAUGACGGCGGCUGUGCGGACGUACCGCUGGCAGUGCAUUGAGUGCAAGUCCUGCAGCCUGUGCGGCACCUCCGAGAACGACGAUCAGCUGCUGUUCUGUGAUGACUGUGACCGGGGAUACCACAUGUACUGCCUGAGCCCCCCCAUGGCCGAGCCCCCGGAAGGUAGCUGGAGUUGCCACCUCUGUCUGCGGCAGCUAAAGGAAAAGGCAUCGGCUUACAUCACCCUGACUUAAGCCCCGCACACACCGCAUCACUGCCAUCAGACAUGCGUGUU